CCCGUCCUAGCGUACAGGGGAAGACCCAAAUAGCCUUUUAUGUAAUAGGCGAAAAAAAGCAUUCGCUCCCUCUCCGGUUCUUUCCCCCUGUGGAAGGAGUGGGGGGGAGAGAGAGAGAGAGAGCGCCAUUGUUCCUCAGAAAUAAGAAGGGUUUAGAGAGGUGGAGAGAGAGAGAGAGGUGGAGAGAGAGGGAGAGAGAGAGCAUGUCGUUGGGUUACGCGGAGAAGUUAUCGUACAGAGAAGAUGUGGGCACGGUGGGAAUGUCGGAGGUUUUCGACCCACCCGACAUUUUGCAGCAUAAGAUUGAAGAGCUCGCAAUGAUGAUACAAAAGAGUAAACAUGUGGUGGCAUUCACAGGGGCAGGGAUAUCAACUUCCUGUGGGAUACCGGAUUUUCGCGGGCCGAAGGGUGUUUGGACUCUUCAGCGUGAAGGAAAGGGUGUGCCUGAAGCAUCGCUUCCAUUUCAUCGUGCAAUGCCGAGUUUGACUCAUAUGGCUCUAGUGGAAUUGGAAAGAGCAGGUAUCUUGAAGUUCGUUAUCAGUCAGAAUGUAGAUAGCCUUCAUCUUCGAUCAGGUAUACCGAGGGAGAAACUUGCUGAAUUGCAUGGAAAUUCCUUCAGAGAAAUUUGCCCCUCUUGUGGAAUUGAGUAUCUUCGAGAUUUUGAAAUUGAAACCAUUGGGAUGAAAGACACAUCAAGGCGUUGUUCUGAUGCAAAGUGCGGAGCAAGGCUAAAGGAUACUGUCCUUGAUUGGGAGGAUGCUUUGCCACACAAGGAGAUGAAUCCUGCAGAGAAGCACUGCAGAAUAGCUGAUGUUGUACUAUGUCUUGGGACAAGUUUGCAGAUAACUCCUGCAUGUAACUUGCCUUUGAAAGCUAUCAGGAAUGGAGGAAAGAUUGUUAUUGUAAAUCUGCAGCCUACUCCAAAGGAUAAAAAAGCCAAUCUUGUGAUCCAUGGGCUGGUUGAUAAGGUCAUUGCAGGUGUCAUGCACAUUCUUAACCUGAGGAUUCCGCCAUACAUCCGAAUUGACUUUGUCCAGCUCAAUAUUUUGCAUUCACCAAGAAAGCAAACUUAUGUUAAAUGGACCCUGAGGAUUACAAGCAUACAUGGACAGAGAGCGCCAUUGCCCUUUCUUAAUUCAGUUGAGGUUUCUUUUCCUGAGAGACCAGACAUGAAGUCUGCUUUCCUGCAAAAGCAGCCAUUCUAUUUGAAGAGGGAGACGUCAAGAAAAAGACCCUUCAACAUGAUGUUGACAUUCAACUUUAGUGAUGGAUGUGGCUGUCGGUCUGCUACUAUCGAAUGGCCAGUUGACUUCCAGGUAAAAAGUGCCAGUUUUAUUCUCGAUAAGAAUGCGGUUCUUCGGGAGCUGAGGGAUGGUGCGGAAAGGAGAUCUCUCUGUGGGCAACAUGCUAUUUUGGAGAGAAAGGUCCAACCCCGUUCAGAAGUUGGUGUUAGUGCUGUUGUGACGAAUAUUGUAAGGUAUAAUAGCCCAGAAAAUGCUGAUAGAAAAUCUGAGACUGCUGUAAACCGCAAGUUUGGGAUCAAACAGUGCACCGAAGAUGCUAAUGGCUACUCUACACCUCCUGAGAAGAAACCCAAGUUACGCUGAGUGCCUCGUUUCUUCUUGUUCGGGGCAUAGGAUCAAUAACUUAUUUAGAUUAGAGACACACCUUGAUUUAGUUUUAGUACUAAUGGUGGCAAUUUUUUGGUCUUUUUACGGAGGCUGAGCUGAAUUUUGUAUGCUACACCCAGUCUCCAUUUGUACAUAAGAUGCAGGGCAGGCAAGGAAGAGCGUCUUAACGUAAUGUAACUAAACAGGGCCUUCAGGCACUUCGACUUGAAAUUAUAUACAUGCUGUGUUAAAAUAUGAAGUGAGCUUAACUUUGUGUAUUUGUUGGAUUAGUAGGACCAUUUCGCGAGUGGAAUGUA